AAGUUUAUAGUCUUCCUCAUGAAGUCACUGCUUUCCUGUAAUUUAGUGUAUGAACCUUCUGGCGUGUGUGUGUGUGCGUGUGUGGAAGGGGGAGUGAUUAGCGGGUUACUUCCUUUACUUCCAUCUGGACAAGCACAGCAGCAGGAUAAAGGAAAACCUGUCAAAUUACUGAGAACGGGAAAACAAAGUGAAAGAAAGAGCGAGUCGAUCGACUCACAGCAACUGACUCCAAUUUAACAAAGCUGUGUAGUUUUCCAAACAAGUUUUACAGCCUCCCAUCAAGCCACGGCAUGUACAAAAUUGUACGAAGGAAGUGCAACCGACCUGUGACCGUCACCGUCAGACAUGCAUGACUAUCUUCCUCAGUGGCAUCAGCUGUCUCUGCUUUCUUCUUAUUGGUCUCCGUGCUGAAGAAUGCUCUCAGGGUGUUCUGGCAAAACGAGACACAAUUUAUGUGCCAGAGGGGGGCAGUCUAUCCCUGUCCUGUGAGGUCCAGCACUGUGGAGACAUCUGGACAGGGGACUGGAUGUGGGAAAAUUCAACAGACAAAAAGUCCGGCACCAUUAAAAACUCUGACAGGCACCGUGUAACCAAUGUGACAAUCUCAGCAAAUACAACCCGCCUUGAGUUGAAUAUCCAGAGAGUCAUCCAAUCAGAUGAGGGUUCUUAUGGAUGUAGAGUUACAUGGGGUAAAGGUGAAACUGAUCAGGGACACCUAACAAAUGUGAACAUAACUGCAGCUGUCCCCUCUAAGAGGAAUUUGUUGCACAGGAUUUUCAUCUGCAGUGGUGCUUUGCUUUGUUUUCCCAUCAUUCUGGGGUUAGCUCGUUGUCUGAGUUCAGGGGUCAAGCCCCAGCCACUUCCCAGGACACAGUCCACAUAUGUAGCUGUAGACAGAGACCAACCACACCCAACUCCACAGCCUCCACCCCGACGCCCAGUACCAAAGAAACGUAGUACUUCCUCUCAAAAAGUUCCACCCAAGUCCCAGGAGAAGACUGAGGUGGUGUAUGCAGACAUUUCCAAAGAUGCACUGAGGCAACAGAGUGCCACCAGAGAGCCACCUGCCCAGUCCACUGUGUACUCAUCUGUCAAAUUUUCCUAACUGCAGUCCAAGCAGGGUGGAGUUGAAGCGCUGUCUGUAGGGGAUAGUGAUAUAUAUUACUUUUGAUGGGAUACUGCACAGUCCUUAACAUGGUCUCUUGGACCCUCAGAGCUUCUCUCUUGCAAGACUGCAUCCACUGAUAAAUAUCUGAUUAUUUAUCAUUCUUGAGCUGAAGACAUGUGUGUACUGUGAAAAAUCAUUAAAGCAAAGGACAAAAUAAGAUACAGAAGCAGUAUUCUAGAUUCUGCUGAUAACACUGUGAUGUGGAAGUAGAGGCUGUUUUAAUUAUGAAGAAGAGAGAAGUGCCAAAAAUCUCUCAUGUGCAGAUAGCAUAUCAGACAGCAAGUGGAGAAGAUAAUGAGAUAUUGCAGCAUACCAGCUGAAGCACCCUGAGGUGCUGCAGAAAGAAAAAGAUGUGUGACGUGUUGUGCAGCAAUUAUACGGAUGUUAACAUUGUUUGUUUAUUUGUUUUGAAAUGUGACAACAGACAACAUAUAAUGCAAAUCCAAUUUCUCUGAUGUGUUCAUGUACAUAAAAUAUUAAAGUAUGGGCAGAAAUAUCCCUGUA